AAGGAGAAAAAAAUCACAAAGUCCGACUAGCAGUUGGAAAUGGAGUAAGAAAUGAUGUAUGGAGGGAAUUUUUAGACAGAUUUGGUGCUGUUAAGAUCUGUGAGUUUUAUGGUGCUACUGAAGGAAACAUCUGUUUCAUGAACCACACAGGAAAAAUCGGAUCUGUUGGACGCACCAAUUUCUUUUAUAAGCUUUUUUUCCCAUUUGAUUUAAUCAAGUAUGAUUUCCAAAAAGAUGAACCAAUUAGAAAUAAGCACGGUUGGUGUGAAAAAGUUAAGAAAGGUGAGGCUGGUCUUCUCAUUUCCAAAGUCAAUGCGAAGAACCCCUUCUUUGGUUACGCUGGCAAUAAGAAACACACAGAAAAGAAAUUACUCUGUGAGGUAUUUAAGAAGGGAGAUCUUUAUUUUAAUACUGGAGAUCUAAUGGUUCAAGACCAUGAGAAUUUUCUUUAUUUUUGGGACAGGAUUGGAGAUACCUUCAGAUGGAAAGGGGAGAAUGUUGCAACUACAGAAGUUUCUGAUGUCAUUGUAAUGUUGGACUUCAUACAAGAAGCAAAUGUGUAUGGUGUAUCUGUGCCAGUUUUGGGAGAAGAUACUGGCAAGAGAGAAAGGCUAAAACUGAAGAGAAGACUUAGUUGGCUAAUCUGGGAGAGAGGCUCAGCACUUUUGGUUUUGGGAGAGGAAUGUUUUUUUUCCUCUCUUGUUUUAAAGCAGAAUACAUCAUUAGACUUGGAGCAAAUGUACAAGCAAGUAGUGACCUAUCUACCAAGUUAUGCUUGUCCUCUUUUUUUAAGAGUCCAGGAAAAAAUGGAAAUGACUGGAACAUUCAAACAACAAAAAUUUCGACUGGUGGAUGAAGGUUUUAAUCCAUCUACAAUUACUGAUCCUCUUUAUUUUCUAGAUAAUUCUAAGAAAGCAUAUGUCUUGUUAACCAAAGAGGUACAUGAGAUGAUCUUAUCUGGGAAAAUGAAACUUUAA